AUGUUUAGACAAACGAAGAAACGUGUUGCCAAUAGACGUAAUUUCAUUGAUGAUGAGCAGAAUCAUAUAGAUAUAAAAGGUUACGGUAAUGAAGAUGAUGGUAUGCAGUACGAUGUUCUUUACCCAACUAGACUUACAUGGUAUCGAUUACCACCUCGUGGUGAAAUAACGCUGGAACAAUUUGAGACAUGGGCUAUCGAUCGGUUAAAAGUGCUAUUGGAACUAGAAUCUUUAUGGCAAAGAAACAGAAGUAUGAAAGAAAUUGAAUCAGUAAUCAAACCGAUUUUAAGCAACAAGCUCAACCUAGGCACUGAUAUAGAAUCAAGAAAGAAGGAUUACUAUUCACAUUUCAUUUUGCGUCUUUGUUUCUGUCGAUCAAAAGAACUAAGGGACAAGUUUGUGAGAGCAGAAACGUUAUUAUUCAAGAUACGGUUCCAAAUGCUCACUACCCAAGAUCAACUAAAGUUCAUCAAAUGUCUAGACCUUCCAUAUUUGGAAGCAAUUGAUGAAGAAGAAAAACAAAGUAUCUCCACUGAGUUAUACCAGACCGUUUCACAUAUUCUAUCUUUCCAAUUAUCAUUGACAGAUGAGAACCAAAGGAAGCAGUUUUUCAAUAGAGAAAAAUAUUACAAAUUGCCAAUGGAAAAUGUGAUGGACUUGGUGGGGUCUCGCCAAGUGUAUGUACGUCGAGGAUGGGCAUAUGUGCCUCAAUUCCAGCAACUAAACUUGAUUAGCAACGAAUUCAGCGAAAACUUACAGACAGAGCUAAUGCGCACAUACCAGAUGAUACCAAAACUAAAUGAGGACGACAGAUUAUUGCCUAUCUUACAUCAUCUGUCUUCUGGUUAUGUAGUUACAGAAUCCCAAGAACUGAAUGGCACAGGAGUCAAUGACGAAUUCACCCAUCGGACAGUGAAAACAAAAGAAAUUAUGUCACAUUUCCCUCUAUGCGCCAAGCAACUCAUGGAGCAAUUGCAAGCGAACCACCAUCUUAGAUACCAGGGUCGUCAACAGCUUUCUUUUUUCUUGAAAGGUAUUGGCCUCUCUGUGGAUGAGGCAUUGCAAUUCUGGACUGAAUCGUUUACCCAAGGGGGGAAGAUGACUGUUGACCAGUUCAAUAAAGAGUACAGGUACAACUUUCGUCACAAUUACGGUCUUGAAGGUAAUAGGAUAAACUACAAACCAUGGGACUGCCGUACCAUUCUUUCGAAACCGCGACCCAGUAGAGGAGAGUACCACGGUUGUCCAUACAGAGACUACAAUGCGGACAAACUUGCUUCUACAUUAAAGGAGAUGUCCCUAACCCAACAACAAAUCAACAGUGUUGUCGAAUCCUGUCAACAGCAAGAUUACACGAUAGCAUGCACGAAAGUAUUUGAAGCAGUUCACAAAGGUACAGCGGUGUCUGAACUGCAAAUUGUGCAUCCAAACCAGUACUUCGAAAGAUCAAGGCAAUGCGAAACUGUUCCAUAA